GCUGCCCAGACUAGCGAACAAUACAGUCAAGAUGGCUAAAGGUGACCCCAAGAAACCAAAGGGCAAGAUGUCUGCAUAUGCCUUCUUUGUGCAAACAUGCAGAGAAGAACAUGAGAAGAAAAACCCAGAGGUUCCCAUAAAUUUUGCAGAAUUUUCCAAGAAGUGCUCUGAAAGGUGGAAGGCAAUGUCUGGGAAAGAGAAGUCUAAAUUUGAUGAAAUGGCGAAGGCUGAUAAAGUCCGCUGUGAUGGGGAAAUGAAGGAUUAUGGACCAGCUAAAGGAGGAAAGAUGAAGAAGGACCCUAAUGCCCCCAAGAGGCCACCGUCUGGAUUUUUCCUCUUCUGUUCAGAAUUCCGCCCCAAGAUCAAGUCUACAAAUCCUGGUAUCUCUAUUGGAGAUGUGGCAAAAAAGCUGGGUGAGAUGUGGAAUAACUUAAGUGACAGCGAAAAGCAACCUUACAUCACUAAGGCAGCCAAGCUGAAGGAGAAGGAUGAGGAGGAUGUUGCUGACUAUAAGUCUAAAGGAAAGUUUGAUGGCGCAAAAGGUCCCACUAAAAUUGCCAGGAAAAAGGUGGAAGAGGAAGAUGAAGAAGACGAGGAAGAAGAAGAAGAAGUGGAGGAGGAGGAUGAAUAAAAAACUGUUUAUCUGUCUCCUUGUGAAUACCUUAGAGUAGGGGAGCGCCGUAAAUGACAUAUCUCUUAAUUGAGAAAUGUCUAUUGCCCUCAUUAGGUUUAAUCACAAAAUUUGAUCACGAUCAUAUUGUAGUCUCAAAGUGCUCUAGAAAUUGUCAGUGGUUUACAUGAAGUGGCCAUGGGUGUCUGGAGCACCCUGAAACUGUAUCAAAGUUGUACAUAUUUCCAAACAUUUUUAAAAUGAAAAGGCACUCUCGUGUUCUCCUCACUCUGUGCACUUUGCUGUUGGUGUGACAAGGCAUUUAAAGAUGUUUCUGGCAUUUUUUUUUUUAAUUUGUAAGUUGGUGUUAAGUAUAUGGUUAUUGGCUAGAAAU